AAUCUUUUUUUAAAAAUGGAGAACAGCCAACCUACCGAUCACCAACCUGAACAACAAUCGCAACUUCCUGUAGACAGCGCUGAAAUGUUACCUACUCAGAAUGGCUUGGGGAAACAAAGUGAAGAAUCAACUCCUGUGCCUCCGUCCCCUGAGAAUGCUGCACAUUCUCUGCCCGAAAUAAAGCUCUGCGAUAUAUCUGAGGAGCUGAGCCGACAGCUGGAGGACAUUAUUAAAACCUACGGGUCAGCUGCCAGUCUGAUCGAGGAAAGAAAUACUAAAGGAACAGACAAACCUGAGAAGGGAGAAUCAUUUAAUAAUGAUGAUGGAGAAUGUGAAGAUGCCCAUGAUGAGGCGGAGAAAGAACAGGCAGCUUCUGGGGAGGCCUCUGGAUCAAAAGAAUCCAGUAUUCACAAGGAUCAGAAACUAGAAAAGAAAAUGCUGAAGGGACUAGGGAAAGAAGCUACCCUGCUGAUGCAACAUCUGAAUAAGCUGAAUACACCAGAAGAGAAACUGGACCUUUUAUUUAAGAAGUAUGCUGAGCUG